CAAUAUACGACUGCACAAAAGUCCACCAAGCGUCUCACCAUUGAUCCCGAUAUUCCAAAGACGCUCACUCCCAAGGGUUACACAAAGAUGCAACUGAUGAUGAGUAUUGCUCAAAAGAAAUACGACAACAUUGUGAAGCGUCUAAAGGGUACCAACAAACUCUAUGAAGACCCUGACUUUCCACCAAAUCAAACUUCCCUCGGCAACAUUCCCAACCUUAGAGGACCAGUUUACUGGAAACGUCCAAAGGAAAUUAACCCUAAGGCUGAAUUCAUCGUCGGAGGCUUUGACAGGUCGGACGUGAACCAGGGCAUGCUUGGAGCUCACAUCGUGAACCCGCCAGACCGUCGCAUAGUGACUAUGAUCUCGGGGGUUCCAACCCCUGAGAUUGGGUAUGACUGA